AUGGGUACCUCACAUCACGAUAAAGAAUCAGGUCUAAACCCCGCUGCUGAGGCCUUCCGAAACUUCGAUGUGGACCCGGGAACGAGCAUGAUGAGUUCUUUGACUUUGGACACGAGUGACGAUCCGAGGAGAGCUGCUGCUUCAAGGGCCAAUUCGGUGAGAUUCGACGAGAGUGCAAAUAAUCACUAUGGGUCUUCACGGCAAUCCAUUGAGCUACCAACUCGUACCGGAAGUGGUCUUGGAGGACAUGCGAUGUCUGAAAGAUCUCUGUCGCACCGCUCCGAUGGCCGGGCCAGUGCCUCGGGUUUUGCAAGAACAAAUAGUUUUGGUUUGGAGUCCAGUCGACUUCUCGGUUCCAUUCACAAUUCACCUCGUGUAUCAGGAAAUCCUCCUCCUGGAUUUUUCGUCCUUGGACCGUGUCCGGCCAUUAUUCGAUGCUGGCUGACCGAGACCUUCACAAACGACUCCCUCCUCUACGCUGCGAUAUGUUCUGGCUCUUCUUCAUCAUCUGUCAGCUCUUCGCUUGUAGACAAGUUGGAUCUGAGUGAUUCUGUAUUUGAUGACGCCGGCAUCCGAACAAUACGACUUCCGGUCUUCUUGACUGAAGCCAAGAUCCAUUCGGCAGCAUCUCGAACUGCCAGUCCUGUGCCUCAAAUACCUACAUUGAUUGUUAAAUUCAUUGUUGAUGAGCAUCCGGUGGCGGACUACUCAAUUCAGAUCAUCUUGGGUAGUGAUGUAUUGAGAAUUCACAACGCGGACAUUUUAUUGUCUCAAGACAAGCUGAUGAUCUUUGACGAGGAGCGAAAUCAACUGGCCAUUCCACUAGUUCGACCUGAGGACGACGCGGCAUAUAGAGAUCUGAGCACAACAUCACGAAAGCGGGCAUCAUCCAUCGAAGCAGUGCUACCACCUCCCAUGACUCGCUCCGAUCAGGGCCAGCUCGGAGUUAUUGGUCGACCAGGGAGAUCUGCAAGACCAGAGGGUGGGUCACCCACGACUGGCACAUCGAGUGGUGUGGAUCUUCCGACCAACUCGGACAUGGGAAGGUUGGAACCGACGAACGAGCCUUCGACAAGAUCGAGUCUCGAUCUGAAUGCUUCAAGAGUUGCGACUGAAGAUUCAAAAUCCACGACUGGGAGCGAGAAGUCUUUUGCAACACCACUGUCCAAAUCAGAAUCUGGAGUCUGGGCCACCUCUUGGCGUGCCACAACUGCUAACGGAGCGGGAGGCGAUUCGACUUCCAAACAGCCAUCAACUUAUGCUAAGCCGAGCAGUACUCGCACCAUGAAGGUCUUGCGACCAAGCAAAACUAUGGCAAACGCGAACAGAAGUGCAUCCUCCACAGCCCUCACAACUGACGGGCAUGAUAGUAUGACCUCAAAACCGGCUGAUAUUGUUCGACAAGCAGGCCAAGCUGAUUUGGGACCAAGCAAGGCUACACCAGCAACACCGACCACCAAGUCGAAUCCAAUAGGAUCUGGAACCGCUUUCGGUUGGCUCAAUACUGGCCCUGGGCGACGGACGACAGCCAGUGGGUAA